UGGAGAGAGAAAGCCCGCCUCGUCUGCCUGCGUGUGCGUGAGGGCAGUGACGCCAUUGACGUUGUCCCUGCCCACGAAGGGGUGGAGCUUGCGAGAACGCCCCUCCCUGCCCUAUGUGCCGCCGUCAUCUCCUCCUGCUGCUCUUGCGGGACUGGCAGUGGCCGAGCGGCUCUAGGUUCCUCGGCUGCCCUGCCGGUUGGUGGGGUGGCUGGAUAGCUGGUCUGGGCCGGAGCGGGUAAGGACAGCCCCACCAUGAACCUGCACCAGGUGCUGACGGGGGCCGUCAACCCCGGGGACAACUGCUUCUCCGUGGGGAGCGUCGGCGGGCAUCCCUUCACGGCAUAUGCCUCAGGAUGUGAUAUUGUGAUUCUGGGAACUGACUUUGAAAGAUUACAAAUAAUUCCUGGUGCUAAACAUGGAAAUAUACAAGUAGGAUGUGUGGAUUGCUCUAUGCAGCAAGGGAAGAUUGCUGCUUCUUAUGGGAAUGUGAUUUGUAUCUUUGAACCAGUUCAGAAUCUAAAACAGAAGAACAAUCAUCAUACUGAGUUGCAUUAUCAGUGGCAGAAGUCAGGUCAAAUUUCACUGGAGCAUGUAGUCCAUAACUUAACAUGGGACCCUAUGGGCUCUCGUCUUUUGAUUGGUUCCAGUUGUCUGCAGCUUUGGUCCAAUGUAAACUUUGAAAACUCAUUGGAAGAUGUGAAUCCUGAAAAAACAGAUUCUCGAGACUGGAGAAUUGUUUGGCAGUGCAAUACUGCUUCCCAAGUUCACCUAAUGAAAUUUUCACCUGACGGAGAAUUUUUUGCUACUGCAGGGAAGGAUGAUUGUCUUGUAAAGGUGUGGUAUAACACUGAUAGUUGGAAAUCAGCAAUUGUACCUCAAGUUUCAACACCAGAAACCACAACACAGGAAGUGGGUUUCUCCUUUAUUUACUUGGUUCAUCCUCGGGCUGUUAAUGGAUUUUCCUGGCGAAAAACAAGUAAAUACAUGCCACGUGGUGCUGUAUGCAAUGUAUUGCUGACAUGCUGCAAAGAUAAUAUAUGCCGUCUCUGGGCAGAGACAUUGUUGCCCAACGAUAGUCUGCUCUAUGGAAGUGGGUACAGCCACGGGCCCGAGUCGGUAAAGUUAACUAAUAACUUUAAGAGGAAUGCUUCUAGUAAGGAAAGCGUGAAAAAUGCUUUAGAGUUAAAUCUAAAGCCCUUUCGGCGAGGAAGAAGAAGAUCAAUAGCACUUGCACAUACAGGAUACUUGCCACAUCAGCAAGAUCCACAUGAAGUUCAUCGAAACACUCCACUGCAAUCAAAUGCACUUUGCCACUUUCAUAUUGCUGCCAGCAUCAACCCAGCCACAGACAUUCCUUUGCUCCCUUCCAUCACGUCCAUGAGUCUUAGUGAAAAUGAAGAAAAAAGCGGGCCUUUUGUAGUGCAUUGGCUAAAUAAUAAAGAGUUGCAAUUUACUCUAUCAAUGGAAGUCUUUUUACAACAGUUUAGAAAGAAUUUUGAGCAUAUUUCUUCUGAGGCCAGCACUGAAGAAUCUAAUCAGACAGAUAUAAAGUCUGAUGAAGAAACUGAUGACAUUAGAGAAGAUCAGAGAGGAAAUCAAGAACAGAAAGAGACUAUUGAAGAAAAAACAGUUCCAAACGCAAGCUACCUUCCCUUGUCUCCUGCUGUACUUGAUCAUGAGAUUGAACUACAGCUGUCUGAAUGGAAUAAAAAUGCAGACAUGUUGUUUAGUAUUCAUCCUAUGGAUGGGUCAUUGCUGGUAUGGCACGUAGGUUGGCUAGAUGAAUACCAGCCAGGCAUGUUUCGCCAAGUACAGGUGUCGUUUGUUUCAAGAAUCCCUGUAGCCUUUCCAACCGGUGAUGCAAAUUCACUUUGCAGAAGUAUAGUGAUGUAUGCUUGUACCAAGAAUGUUGACCUAGCUCUUCAACAAGGCAAACAAAAACCAUCUAGCCUUGGGCGUUCCUGUUCUAUGUUAAUCUCUUCUGGCCACAGUAAAUCAUCCAGCAGCUUAAAAUUAAGCAUUUUCACCCCCAAUGUUAUGAUGAUUUCCAAGCAUGCAGAUGGAUCUUUGAACCAAUGGCUAGUCAGUUUUGCAGAGGAAUCUGCCUUUUCAACUGUACUUAGUAUUUCCCACAAAUCACGCUAUUGUGGCCAUCGUUUUCAUCUUAAUGACUUGGCUUGUCAUUCAGUACUGCCCCUGCUGCUUACAACCUCCCAUCAUAAUGCAGUAAGGACACCAUUGGAUAGCACAAAAGGGGCACAAGAGAUCUUGCCUUCAGGACUAGACAAUAAGGAUACUGUAAGAACGUCACAGGAUAUUGAUGCUGUGUACAGUGAACUUAUCCUUUGGAGAGUUGAUCCAGUUGGGCCAUUAUCUUUUUCUGGUGGAGUUUCCGAACUUGCACGAAUCAAUUCCCUUCAUGUAUCGGCCUUUUCAAAUGUGGCAUGGUUGCCUACCCUUAUACCUAGUUACUGCCUAGGUGCUUACUGCAAUUCACCAAGUGCUUGUUUUGUUGCAAGUGAUGGGCAAUAUUUGAGACUAUAUCAAGCUAUAAUAGAUGCCAAAAAGCUUCUGUGUGAACUAUCAAAUCCAGGAAUUUCUAAAUAUGUUGGUGAAGUUUUUAAUAUCAUAAGCCAGCAGUCCACAGCUAGACCAGGAUGCAUUGUAGAGCUGGAUUCCAUUACAGAGCUGCAUGGUGGAAGAAUGCAAUUACUUCAUGUAUUUCAAGAAGAUUUCAUUUUGAAUAAUCAUGAGAAUAAACUGUCUGGAAAAAAUACCAUGUUACCUGGUUAUCAUAAAAAUGGGUUUUCUGAAAAAUUCUAUUUAAUUGUAAUUGAAAAUACGAAAAACUGCUCAUUAUUGCACAUGUGGAAAUUACACUUGAUGUCCAUACCAGUCUCAGUGGAUGAAAAAAUAAACUUGAAGACAUCUGAAACAGCAUCACAGGAAGAGCCCUAUUCUUCUCCAGACCACGAGAAACUCCAGUGUUCCUUUGCACAGAAAUACCAAGCCUGCAAAGAAAACCUUCAAAGUACAAGUCAACUUAGUCUUUCUUCGGAAAUUGUCUAUAGUCAAGAACUGAAUUUACCAGAAGGAGUAGAGAUAAUAAGCAUUAAACCAUCAGCAGGGCACUUGAGCUCUUCCUCCAUAUAUCCAGCUUGCCGUGCUCCUUAUCUUCUUGCAACUUCAUGCUCAGAUGGUAAGGUUAGGUUUUGGAGGUGUAGAGUAACAAUGGAGUCAGGUGUGGCUUCUGUAUCGGAGAGUAGUACGAACUCUGGUAUGUAUAUAUGGGAAGAAUGGCCAUUACUUAUUGAAGAUGGACUUCUUAGCAGCAGUGCUCUUAAUGUGCCAGGCAAGCCACUUGAAAUCAGCUGUGCAUAUACAAAUCGUUUAGCUGUGGCAUAUAAGCGGACACCAUCCAAAAACUGUCGUUCGUCUCAAGACUUUUUGAUGAACAUUGGCAUUUUUGAAUGCGAAUCUACAGGAGGCUCUUGUUGGAUUUUGGAACAAACUCUUUACUUAGAUGAACUAAGCCAAACCUUGGACUGCCUGGGUGCUGAUAAUAGUUCAGUAGCAGAUGGAAUUGAAAGUGUAACACUUAGCACAAAGCAUUUGGUUCACUUAGAUUGGAUGUCUAGGGAAGAUGGUUCACAUCUCUUAACAGUGGGUAUUGGAUCAAAGCUGUAUAUGUUUGGUCAGUUGGCUGGGAAAAUGCAAGAACAAACUGGUAAGGAGGUAUUUGUACUGCCAUUAUGGGAAAAUGCUAAAACUGCAUGCCUUUCUAGAUUUGUGUUGCUAAGAUGUGUGGAUUUAGUUUCAUCUGUGGAAGGCUCACCCCCUUUACCUGUUUCUUUAUCUUGGGUUCGUGAUGGUAUCCUUGUAGUUGGGAUGGAUUGUGAAAUGCAUGUUUAUUCUCAGUGGCAGCCCCUUUCAAAGCAAGAUCCCAUUACUGCAGACUCUUACAACGGAAGUACGCCAUCUAUAAUAAGCUUAAUGAAACAAAGUCAGUCUGGUGUCCACCCCACAAAACGAAUGUUAACCAGGUCUAUGACAAGUCUUGCUCAGAAACUUAGUGGAAAGAGAACUGUGUUUGAUUUGUCACUGGAGAUGGAAGAUUCUGGUCUCUUUGAAUCAGCUCAUGCACUGUGUCCUACUUUACCUCAGUACCAUCCUCUGCAACUUUUGGAACUUAUGGAUUUAGGAAAAGUACGUAGAGCAAAAGCCAUCUUAUCUCAUCUUGUUAAAUGCAUCGCUGGAGAAGUUAUUGCUAUAAGUGAGUCCGGUCCCAAGCGAUUCCGAUCUCUCUCAAUCUGUGCUAGUGGGAGCAGUACACGGGAUCCUAAGGCAUUUAGCAGAACUGAGAUUUCAGACUAUACAGAAAUAGACUCUGUUCCACCACUUCCUUUAUAUGCAUUGCUUGCUGCAGAUGAGGAAUGCUUAUAUGCCUGUACAGAGAAGUCUAAUGACCAAAGAAACUUUAAGAAACGCGAUGUGCCAGAUGAAAACUAUGAGGAACUUUUUCAGAAUUUCAUUGCACAUACAGAUGAUCUCACUGUGUUUGAAGAAGAUGAAGAAGAUAAAAAGCCAAAGGUUAUUGAUCUUUCUCAGUACAGUCCAGCAUACUUUGGACCAGAACACGCCCAAGUGCUUUCUCGUCACUUGCUUCACUCUAGUUUACCAGGUCUCACAAGGAUGGAACAGAUGUCCUUGAUGGCUUUGGCUGAUACAAUUGCCAUUACUAGUACUGACAUAGGAGAAAGCAGAGACAGAAACCAGGGAGGAGAAACACUUGAUGAAUGUGGCUUAAAAUUUCUUUUGGCUGUCCGUCUUCACACUUUUUUGACAACUUCAUUGCCACCUGCACACAGAGCCCAGCUACUCCACCAAGGUUUGUCUUCUAGUCAUUUUGCCUGGGCAUUUCAUUCGGUAGCAGAAGAAGAACUGCUAAAUAUGCUACCUGCAAUGCAGAAAGGUGAUCCAACAUGGUCAGAACUCAGAGCUAUGGGUGUAGGAUGGUGGGUUCGAAAUACUCAUAGUUUGCGCAGAUGCAUUGAAAAGGUUGCCAAAGCAGCCUUUCAAAGAAGCAAUGAUCCGCUAGAUGCAGCUAUUUUUUACCUUGCAAUGAAAAAGAAGGCUGUGAUUUGGGGUUUAUACAGGUCCCUAAAAGAAACUAAGAUGACCCAGUUUUUUGGACAGAAUUUUGCUGAAGAUAGGUGGCGUAAAGCAGCACUGAAGAAUGCUUUUGCUCUGUUAGGCAAACAGCGUUUUGAACAUUCUGCAGCAUUUUUCUUGUUGGCUGGUCACCUAAAAGAUGCGGUUGAGGUUUGCCUAGAAAAACUGAAUGAUAUUCAGUUGGCUCUCGUAAUAUCAAGACUUUAUGAGUCAGAAUUUGAAGUAUCUGGAACCUAUAAAUCAAUUCUACAAAAGAGGAUUCUGGGAAGCAAGUCUCAUGGCAAAGAAAAUCCAUCAAACACACACGCUGAUCCUUUUUUCCGAAGUAUGGCUUAUUGGAUUUUGCAGGAUUAUAGCCAUGCUCUUGAUACUCUUAUAAGACAACCCAUUUUGGAUGAGGAAGAUGAAGAAAGCAUCUCAAGCUGUAACCCAUCAGUAUUUAACUUUUAUAAUUAUCUAAGGACACAUCCUCUCUUGUUGCGACGCCAUUUUGGUUCUUCAGACUUAUCUUCUACAAGGAUUUGUGUUACAGGAGAAAAUGGACUAGCAGAUGAAAUCAAUUUAGGGGAAAGAAGAUUGUUUUUUACAACAGCAUAUGCUCACUUAAAGGCUGGCUGUCCCAUGUUGGCUUUAGAAGUGUUAUCAAAAAUGCCCAAGGUGGUCAAAAAGUCAAAGAUUUUAGGAAGGACACCUAGCUUAAUAGAUACUAGUAAAGGCUGUUCGCCGUCUACUCCAGUACCAGUGGAAUCCGUGAGUGACAGAUCUAGCAUUGACUGGUCUCAGCCAGUGGUAAAUGGUUUAGGAUCAUCUUCAGAUUCUUUUGACUGGAGUCAGCCAAGUAUGGUCUUCCAGGAUGAACCUUUGGAACUGAAGUGGGACACUGAAAAAGAUGAGGAAAGUGAAGAUUCUUGUCUUGUAAUGAAACCUUUGCAGGGGACAGUGAGUGAGAAGCCAGCUGAAGUUAGUUCUAGCUGCACAGAAACUUAUAGUGCUGCUGUUGAAAAUGAUAUUUUAACUUUAUCAGAAGAUAUUAUUUCUGCACAGCUGAAAUUUAGGGCAUGCUUGAAGAUUCUCACAGUAGAGCUCCGUACAUUAUCCACUGGCUAUGAGGUAGAUGGUGGGAAAUUAAGAUUCCAGCUGUAUCACUGGCUUGAAAGAGAAGUGAUUGCUCUCCAAAAGACCUGUGACUACAGUGUUGAAGCAGAGGAUGUUGAGGCAGGAAUUGUCCCAGCAGAAGAUGAAACUUCAUUAAGUGAAACAAAUGAAGAGCUGUCAGAUGCACAACAGAAAGAACAUGCUCAGAGAAGACAGUGGCUUGUAAAAUACCAAUCACUUUUGCGGAUGUUUCUUAGUUAUUGUAUCCUCCAUGGAUCUCAUGGCGGAGGAUUGGCAUCUGUAAGAAUGGAACUAAUUUUGCUUCUACAAGAAUCUCAGCAGGAACAGUCAGUGCAGUUGACUACAAAUGCUGCAUCUGAGCAGAGCUCAAUACCACUCCUGUACGCUUGUACUGCAAGUGCCAAAACGGUGGUGGCCAAUCCAUUGCUACAUCUUAGUAACCUGACACAUGACAUACUCCAUGCUAUAGUAAACCUUGAUUCACCACCCCAUCCAGAUACACAGAAUAAAAAGAUACAUGUAAUGCAUACGUUAGCAGCAUCUCUGUCAGCUUGCAUAUACCAGUCUCUCUGUGGAGGUCACAAUUACAGUUCAUUACAAGCAAACCAGUUCACUGGCACAGUCUACCAGACACUGCUGCUCUCUCAGCGGCAUUCUCUAAGAACAGCAAGCUUGGAUGAAACAAUAACUCCUAAUACUGCACCAGCUAUGUGGCCAGGAGUGUCAGCUUUAGUAAGCUUAUUGAAUUGUACUGGAGAAGAAGCCCAGUCUGGGAUCACGGUUUUGCUGUGUGAAAUUCUGACAGCAGUCUACCUCAGUCUCUUUAUUCAUGGUCUAGCUACACAUUCCAGCAAUGAGUUGUACAGGAUUGUGGCCCAUCCUCUUAAUGAGAAAAUGUGGUUUGCUGUGUUCGGUGGAGGAGCUAAGAGUCCCAGGAAAGGACAAAUUCAACAAACAACAAAGAUGGGUAGGCACUUCCCUAUGCCUAGCCCUCACCAGGUAGUAGUAUUCUCCAUGGAAUGCGUGGGGUUUACCAAAUCUCUAACAGCCAUCAGUUCUCAUAGUCCUACUAAACUUGCAGCUUCUUCUCCUGUAGAAGAUGGUGAGAAGCAACAGAAACGAUUUAGACUGUCAUCAAAAUCAUCUCCAAAAGAGAAUUCACAGCCUACUGUACUCUCAGUAGAGGAAGACUCUGUAAAUUACAAAGAGAAGUUUAUUCCUCCUGAACUUAGUAUCUGGGACUAUUUCAUAGCAAAGCCAUUUCUCCCAUCAUCGCAGAUUAGAGUUGAAUAUGACUCAGAAGAGAGUCAGGAAAGCAGUGAUGAUGAAGAUGAUUAUGCAUUUCCAACAGACCAGACACUUCAAGAACAUUCAAAUUCAAAUUCGUAUAGUUGGUCACUGAUGCGAUUGGCCAUGGUUCAGCUUGUUCUUCGCAACUUAAAGACUUUCUACCCUUUGACUGGACAUGAUCUUUCAGAACUUCCAGUUAGCUCCCCACUGUGCCAUGCAGUGCUAAAGAUACUUCAGCGCUGGGAGCAAGUUCUUCUUAGACGACUUGAGAUGCAUGGUGGCCCACCAGAAAACUUUAUUGCUGUUCAUGCUUCGGAAGAUGUAUCCUCUUCAGGCCCUGCUCUACUUCGUCACAAAGCCCUCCUAGAACCUACAAAUACCCCUUUCAAGUCUAAAAGUCAUAUUGCACUGUCUGUGAAGAGACUUUGGCAAUAUCUUGUUAAGCAAGAAAUGGUCCAGGAAACCUUCAUCCGAAACAUAUUUACAAAGAAAAGGUGCUUAAAUGAGUCAUUAGAAGACCAAAAUGAACCUACCAAAAGUACUUCAGUAGAAGAACCUGGGAUCAAUAAGGUAGAGACUGAUAUGGGCUAUCCAGGAAGUAAAGCAAGAAUUAUCCAUAAAGAGUCUGACAUUAUCACUGCUUUUGCAGUCAAUAAGGCCAACAGAAAUUGUAUUGCGAUCGCUUCCAGUCAUGACAUUCAAGAACUAGAUGUUUCUGGAAUUCUAGCUACACAUAUCUACACUUGGGUUGAUGAUGACUUAGAAAUUGAAACUAAAGGAACUGAUGACUUUUUGGUUAUACAUGCUCGUGAUGACAUGUCAAAUAUUCAAGGGACUACACCCUAUACUCAUAGCAACCCUGGCACUCCAAUCAACAUGCCGUGGCUUGGUAGCACCCAAACUGGCAGAGGAGCUGCUGUGAAUAUACAGGAAUAUUCCAAUAAAUUUAAUGGAAUCAGAAAGGAAUUGGCAAGAAAAGAGAUGCUCAAGAAGUCAAUCAAUAAUGUCAGAAGAAUGGCAUCUCACCCAACAUUACCAUAUUACUUGACAGGUGCUCAGGAUGGUAGUGUGAGAAUGUUUGAGUGGGGUCAUUGUCAACAAAUUACAUGUUUCCGAUCUGGUGGCAACUCCAGGAUUACACGGAUGAGAUUCAAUUAUCAAGGCAAUAAGUUUGGGAUUGUUGAUGGCGAUGGAUAUAUAAGUUUGUACCAAACAAACUGGAAACGUUGUCUACAUGGUGGAAGCACACCCAAACCAUAUCUGACAUGGCAGUGCCAUAACAAAACGGCCAAUGAUUUUGUUUUCAUCAGUUCUUCAUCUUUGAUAGUCACAGCUGGGCAGUCUACUGACAACAGAAACAUUUGUUUGUGGGAUACUCUGGUUGCACCUUCUAGUAGCUUGGUGCAUGCCUUUACCUGUCAUGACAGUGGAGCAACUGUCUUAGCAUAUGCCCCCAAACAUCAGCUACUAUUAUCAGGCGGCAGAAAAGGCUAUACUUGUAUAAUUGAUCUUCGUCAAAAGCAGCAACGGCAAUUUUUCCAGAGUCAUGAUUCUCAAGUUAAAGCAAUUGCUGUAGAUCCUACAGAAGAGUAUUUUGUCACAGGAUCUGCAGAAGGAAAUAUUAAGGUAUGGAGUCUUUCUAGUUUCAGUCUACUUCAUACUUUUAUCAACGAACAUUCUCGACAGUCGAUUUUCAGAAAUCUUGGGACAGGUGUCAUGCAGAUCGAAACAGGACCAGCAAAUCACAUAUUCUCAUGUGGAGCUGAUGGGACAGUAAAAAUGAGAAUCUUGCCUGAUCGAUUUAGUCCAUUCAGUGACGUGUUGAAAAAUGAUGUAAAACUCAUGCUCUGAUGUGUUGAUUCUGGAAAAUAUUUUAUAAGUGGCUAACAAAUGUAAAGUAUGUUGAUGAUUGUACAGCUAGCACCACAAUAACACUCUCUGAUGUUUAUAUUUAUUGCUUGGAGCUUUAGUCCUUGAUGCAUUGUUGCCUUAAAGAUUAAUAAGUUCCUUCUGAUUUUGCCUAAAGAACCAUAGAUGAUUCAGUAAAUAUUUAUAAGUAUGUUGCAGAAGUAUCUCUUUUUUCAUUUGUGGUAAUGCCUUGUCCUGUUAGGAGUACAUGGUCUUUCUUGUCUUUUUUCUCUCUCUCCACUGAUUCUUUUCUAAAGACCAUUCCAUAAGGAAGCCUUAUUACGUCAUCUCUUAUUCUGAUAAGCAGAACUAUCCGUUGCCAAAUUCCUGCUCCUAGCUAUUACUAUAGCUUGUACUGAGUAAAAUAAGCAAAGUUGUUUCUGAGGCCAAUGCCCAUGGGGACGCUAUAGUGGCAGUUUUUACAGUUGAGCCACCACUGAUACCCAGUUCCUAGAAUUUAAGUUUCUUGCCAUUUGAACUCUGUCUCCAGAGCUGAGGACUGAAGGAAUAAACCUUGUCUUGCCUGAAUCACUGCUAUCAGGAUGGCAGCCUUUUCCUUAAACCAAGAGAUAAACGUAUAUUUUUAACUCUGAGCCCUGUUUCAAAAUAUGCAAGUAGUGUGUGGAUAUUUCCCUCAUAAAACUGUUUAAGGAUUAUAUUUUAAAAAAUCAUAAUAUGAAGCUUUAGUGUUGAUGGGACAAACCAUAGGAAUGUGUUGCAUAGAAUACUGAAUUAGAAACUUUAUUUUGUAAAGUAAGUGUGUGUGUGUGUGUGUAUAAUAUUGUAGAAAACAGACAGAUAAUGCCAUUUACUAUUUCCAGUGAAUUUGUUUUCAUUUAGCAGAAAGAUGCUGUUUUCCCAGCAUUUAGACCAUAAUAGCUUUUUAAUUACUUUUCUGAAGCAAACAAGUUUAGAAAAGAAUACAAAUGACUAUUCUACUGUAUGAAAUAAACUAUAGAUUUAUAAUUGAAAAAAAAUCAAAGAAAGUAUAUUGAAAUAAGAUUUUGAAAUUUUUUGCCAAAAUGUAAAAUUGUAUAAUUAUAUACAUUAACUGUUUUGACCAAAAUAUAAGAUGCACAAAGCCUUCAACAUUUUCCUAUGUGCUAAAACAGUCUAUGUAACUAUUUUGGGUUACUAUUUUAUUUUAGAAGUGUACAAAGCUUGAAAAUAUGUGAACUUAAAUAAGAGACUGGUUACUCAAAUGUAAAAUGACAUACUUUGCUAAAAUAUUUUGUGGAGAAGAAAACCCAGUAUCAAUACAAUGUUUCAUGUAAAACAAUGUUGUCUGGGACUGGAUGGUGUCAAUAAAACAAAUGAAGGGCUUGUAUAAUGAAUUUUGUAAUAUCCUCAGGACACUUAUUUUAAAAGUUUAAUUUUAACAUUUUGUAAAACUUUUAUAAUAUGAUUUUUAAUGUACUUAGCACCUUGUGCAAGCAGUACCUAGAGGGGUGGUUUUUUAAGCACUUAACCUGGGUCUAAAUCUGUGCAAUAACAUAUACAGUACUCAAUUUUAAGAGAAGAAAUGCACAGCAGCAUUUCAAAGAACUGGUGUGGCUGUUUGAUACCGUUAAUCUUAAUCAUUUUUCCUCUGCAUUAUUUGUAAAUUAAGUUGCAUUGAUAAGGCCAGAAGAGCAGCUCAGUGCUACCUAUUUUCAGCCGCGUGCCUGGUGAGCAUUGCAUUAAAAGCCUGAUCCUGAGACUUGUUGCACCAGAAAUAAGGUAGUGCUGUAUGUACCCAUUGUGGGGCCAGUGCAAAGUGAUCAACAAUUAUGUGCAAGGGUUGCAGAAGAAUUACACUGGCCUUACAGACAGUCUGCACAGGUAUUUAGGAAUGGAUUGUGAGUCUAAGUGCUAUGACCAGGAUAUUCCAUGUAGGUAUAUUAAAGCACUGGUUCUUUAAUCAUUAAAUUAAAAAGACAAAUAUGGAAACGAUGUUGGUAUGGAUGUUUAGGAUACCAACAUCUUUCAGUUGCUGGGUUCUAUUCCUGAGCUGAAAGGUAUAAAAGAUGACUACUUCAGGUGAUUUGCAAUUGGAAUAAUCACUUUUACCUGUAUGUUAAGCAGAUUUAACAUAGAAAUAAUUCAUAUUUGACUAGUGCUAUCAUUUUUAGUCAUUUUUGAGAAGUUGCACUUAAAGCUUGCCAAGACUCUAUUGUGUAGUUCUGUGCGUCUACUAGAAAAAUGGUAAUUUAGUGUUUUUUAUGAAGAAUGCUCUGAAACUAUUAUUUACAUUUUGUAAUAUUAUGAUGUAUUUAGCACAGACUCAUGAUGCCUAAAUAAACAAUCAUGCAGAGACUCGUUCCAAAAUGCAACAGA